UCCAAAGUCGCCUCACGGCACCUCUCCGCCUUGCCUCCGGCUACCUCAAACCGUUGCCGAGGCCUCAGCACUUAACCCUUCUCGCAAGCGCCGCCGCCGCUGCUGCAACUGCCGCCGCCGCCGGAUCCAAUUCCUCGCUCCCUCAAGUCACGUGCAAGGGGAGAGGGCGGAGAGAACGAAAAACAACAAGCCAGGGUUGGAGGGAAACCCCCGAGGCCCGCGUCACCUGACCCCAACGGAACGCGCUCGCGCUCUUCGCUUUUUGACAAGCAGAGCAGAAGAGGGGGGCGGGGGAGAGGUCACGCGCGGAGCUCUCCCGCGUCACAUGCAAAGGGCCGGCCUAUCAGAGAGCGCGCUGAUCUUACAGGGCAUCGCUUCCCAUCCAUCUCUCCUCUUCCCCUCCCGUCGGUCUUUGUACUGCUGCUGCUGUUGAGGAAAGGAGGGAGGGGGCGGCGACAGAGUGCGUGCUGCGCGCGCGCCAGCCAGUGUCCCGGUAGGCUCUGCGGCAGAGUGGGGGGGAGAGAGAGAGAGAGAGCGAGAGAGAGAAGGAAGGAAGAGGAAUAGCAGUAGGGAUCGUCGUCGCUGCCAAUUCUGGCUGCUGAGGGGCGGAAGGAGGGGGAGCCUGAGGAGGGGUGUGGCGGCGUCGGCUGUGGAGGAGGAGGUGGUAGCGGCGGCAGCAACAGCGACGGUGCCGGCCGGGUCAGGAAAAUGGCUGCGGCUGCGGCGGCUGUUCCUGUGAACCUGCGGCUCGGAGACCUGGUGUGGGGGAAGCUGGGCCGAUAUCCUCCUUGGCCAGGAAAGAUUGUUAACCCGCCUAAGGACCUGAAGAAGCCUCGUGGGAAGAAGUGCUUCUUUGUGAAGUUUUUUGGAACUGAAGAUCAUCUUCCCGUGCUUGAGGAGCUGGAGCCCAAACUGCAUCAACCACGUACAAGAGAGAGUGCUUGGAUUAAAGUGGAGCAGCUGAAGCCUUAUCAUGCCCACAAAGAGGAAAUGAUCAAAAUUAACAAAGGCAAGAGGUUCCAGCAAGCUGUGGAUGCUGUGGAAGAAUUCCUCAAAAAAGGCAAAGGCAAGGACCAGGCUUCUCAUAACUCCACCGAAGAGAAGAAUCGGCGGAAUUCGAGUGAAGAGAGGGGCAAGCAGUCAGUGGGAGAAGAGAAACACAAAGCCAAUUUGUCUGAAGGGAAGCCGAAGAAGAGGGUGUCUUCUGUUUCUUCAGAGCGAGGCUCAAAAUCCCCUCUGAAGAGAACAUAUGAGCAAAGCCCCCGGAAGCGAGGGCGCCCCCCUAAAGAUGAGAAGGAUCUGACAAUCCCUGAAUCGAGCACAGUGAAGAGAAUGAUGACUGGCACCAUGGCUGGCUUUAAAUGGCCACCGAGUGUAAGCGAGCCUGUGAAAGAUGGCGACCCUCAUUUCCAUCACUUCCUGCUUAGCCAGACAGAGAAGCCGGCUGUUUGCUACCAAGCCAUCACAAAGAAGCUGAAGGUGUGUGAAGAGGAAACAGGGUCCACGUCUAUCCAGGCAGCCGACAGCACGGCUAUCAAUGGCAGCAUCACUCCCACAGACAAGAAGAUAGGUUUCCUUGGCCUUGGCCUGAUGGGGAGUGGCAUCGUGUCCAACUUACUAAAAAUGGGUCACACUGUCACGGUCUGGAACCGGACUGCUGAAAAGUGUGAUUUGUUCAUCCAGGAGGGGGCAAGGUUGGGAAGAACCCCCGCUGAAGUGGUCUCCACCUGUGACAUCACUUUCGCCUGCGUAUCUGAUCCAAAGGCAGCCAAGGAUCUGGUGCUUGGUCCUAGUGGAGUACUCCAGGGUAUACGUCCAGGAAAGUGCUACGUGGACAUGUCCACCGUGGAUGCAGACACUGUUACAGAACUGGCUCAGGUGAUCGUAUCCAGGGGUGGUCGCUUCCUGGAGGCACCAGUUUCAGGGAACCAACAACUCUCUAAUGAUGGCAUGCUGGUGAUACUAGCCGCCGGUGACAGGGGCUUAUAUGAAGACUGCAGUAGUUGUUUCCAAGCAAUGGGGAAAACCUCUUUUUUUCUAGGGGAAGUGGGCAACGCUGCCAAGAUGAUGCUCAUUGUGAACAUGGUCCAAGGAAGCUUCAUGGCCACAAUAGCAGAAGGACUAACUCUGGCUCAAGUGACUGGUCAGUCGCAGCAGACUCUUCUGGAUAUCCUCAACCAGGGACAGCUCGCCAGCAUCUUCUUGGACCAGAAGUGCCAAAACAUCCUGCAAGGAAAUUUUAAACCAGAUUUCUACCUGAAAUACAUCCAGAAGGAUCUCAGAUUAGCCAUUGCACUAGGCGAUUCUGUUAACCACCCAACUCCCAUGGCAGCUGCAGCCAAUGAGGUCUACAAACGAGCAAAAGCAUUGGACCAAUCUGACAAUGACAUGUCUGCUGUGUACAGGGCCUACAUCCACUAGGCUACCCCAUUCUUGUUAAUACCAUGAUUAUUAAUUAUGAUGAUGAUGAUGAAUACUGGGUUUUAACUCUGGACCAGUCCAUCUCUGUCUCUCUGUCUCUCUCUCCUUUUCUUCCCCCCACCUCUCCUCAAUUGUUUUUCCUUUUUUAAAAUACAAAAACUCUCCUGGGAUCUGCCACAAGGGCAGAUUCUACAGCAAGCCUUCCUGUGCCAGCAGCAGCAAGAGUAGGAGGGAAAGGGCUUGGAUCAUUGCCUUCUUGACAACAAAUUAUACCACAUUCUCAGAGUCACAGAAUGGAAUUGGCUGCAGGUCGUCUCAGAAACCCCUGAGGUGACUCUUGCCAGGAAGUCUGCUGCUUGGCUUCUUCUGGUGUUCACUUUUGUACCAGUGUCCUCAAGAGGUUGUUUGUUUGUUUUUAACUGCUGUUUCACUUAUUUGCUGUGGGUAAUGUGUUCAUUGUCCUCUCUUAUGCACUAGGGACAAUUGAAAGAAGGCUGUCUCACCUGCCUGUGAACCUGGGUGGCUCAAUCUCAGGCCCUCUAGAUGCUGAUGCACUACAGCUUCCACAAGCAAGAUCAGUGGCCCAGUCAUGACGGGAGUUGUCGUUCAGCAACAUCUGGAGGGCCAGAGAUUUCCCACACCUGGUCUAGACCCUGGGAACCUGGCUCCACUUUUUUUUCCUAGGAGGGAAGCAGUCACAAUCAAGAAGACGACAGGGCUAAAAUUAGCAUUGUAGUUUCGGAUAUUCCCCACCUCAGUAUCUCAGUGGAAUUAGUUACGAGAACCAAAACAGGCUCCAUCCAUGGCCCUUCCCAUUCAGACAGCUUAGUUUUUAGUGUACACAGGAUCCAGCAUAUGCCUGUGGCACUUGGAUAUGCCAAAUGCAUUUAGAACAGCCUUUGGUUUUCCAAGCAUUGUUCAACUCCAAAUCCAAGGCAGUCUUGGAACAAAGGGAUUUUUGUCCCCCCAGCAUCUGGAGGGCACAGAUUCCCCAUUGUUGAUUUUAAAAAGACUCCAGUUCCCAAAAGGUUAAUCCAGUCUUGAAUAUUGCUGUAAAACCCCAUUGCUUAUUAUAAUUCAGAAAAUGAACUGGUAUGUGUUUUAAUGAGCAAAGGUAGAAACUUUGGUGUCUUUCUUUGGUUUUAUGUCAUGAGAACAUGCACAGUGUGCACGCACCCGAUCUUCUGUGGCUGUUAGUGUUGGCAAAGAUUAUUAGGAUUCUUUUCAUGUUGCCAGAGAGCCAAAGGGCAAGGUAAUAGAAAGUGGCUUCAGAAAGACCCAAAAUCUAAACCCAGAAUCUUGACUUCCAUGUUUCCCUUUCUGUAAAAGUGGAGGAGAUAUGCCUAUUCGUUGGCAAGAACUUUAAUACAGCCUAAUAAACUCUGCUUGCAUGAAUGGCGGUGACAACAGGCUUUGAAUUGAUAUGCUGUCAUCUGUUGGUGAAGUUGUGAGCACUCCAGCAGAUUGACCAAGUACCCAUACUUUGGAAAUAACCUAGUAAAGGGAAGUGGGGAAUGGCUCCUGCUGUUGAGGCCAUUUACCAUGCUGGGUCUCACUGGAAGUCAAGUAGGGUCCCAGAGAAUUCAAAUAAAUCUAUGAAUCAACCAGAGCUGCCGUUGAGGGAGGGUGAGCUUUUGAGGCCAACAGAACUUGACCAUAUGAUUCCAUGUAAAAAAUAGCUGGUGUCAAAUGAACAGUCCUGAGUUCUCUCUGGCAGCUCCUGAGCUUUCAAAAUGGAAUGCAAGGAUAUACAAAGUAGGUGCUGUACAAAUGCCCCCAUGUCUUAAGUACAUCAACUGAGUGUUAGUCUUGGAAGAGAAUCCCCUGUUCACACUUGGAAAGCAGCAGGAUGGACACCCCUUGCUGUUCACACAUCAGAUUUCACAUUUUCCAUGGGUGUCCUGCAGCUGUAGAGCCCUAAUAUGCACAGACCCAACCUGCACAGUAAUCCGUACUUCCAUUUUGUAGUGAAUAUACCACAUGGACCAGGACGUUACCUUGAUCAGGACCUUCACAUUUGUAGAUCCAGUACAAAAACGAAAGCCACACUCCUCUGGUUGCUUGUUACUUCUGUGGUAUUUUAGCAGUCGGCCUGGGAAAGGAAACAGAACCAGUUAAGUGUUCCUCUGGAGCAGCCUUCCUCAAACUGAUGCCUUCCUGGUGUUUUGCACUACAGCUCCCAUCAGCUCCAGGCAUCGUGAUUAGUCAAAAUCUUCUGGCGAGUACCAGGUUGAGGAAGCAUGCUCUCCCUAGGGUCUUCCAUUCCUGCUUGUGUGAUCUCUGGACAUAGAUAGCCAUCAGAGACUGCUACUCUGCCCUGUGCUGAAAUUUUAUCUUGCUGAGCGGUGGAAAUGAGCACACAACAGUUGUGAGUUUAUGGAUUCCCUGUUGGAUCCUGCUAGGACAGCUUAGCAUCUUGCAGAAAGAGCAGUUUAAUUUUGGAGGGCAUACUUUGCAGUCUUCACAUAGGCUGAUUUGUAAAUGAUAGAAGUAGUUGCUAAGGAUCCUAAGGUACUAUCCCAAAGAGGUCCAGGGUGGGGGGGGGCUAUUUCUUAAUCUUGUGAUAAAGGCUGUCUUCAGAAAACUUUAAAAGGUGUAAACAGAAACCAGAAACAGCAGACUUCAGUACACUUUAUUUUGCCUUGGAGCGAAAAAUCCAAACUAGGCUGGGUGUGGGACUAACAGAACUGUAACUCCUUGUAUUGAAGGCCUAUCUUGUGGCUUCUUUGGCAAGGAGAAUAAAGAUCUGCUAGCGGGUGUGGUUCUUCCUGCAGGACUCUACAGUUACUGAUAAACCAAGAACAGCCGAGAACACUCUCAGAUAGAAGCCAAGGGUGGGCCGAGCACUCUGCAGUCUCAAAUGCCACUUCAGAAGAAUAGCCGCCUUCAUUUCUUGCAGCAAAAUGGGAGCGAGUUGUGGUGCCUUAAAGCUUUUAUUGUGGCAUAAACUUUCACGGGUCAGAAGUGUGCUAUGGCCCACAGGUUUUAUGCCACAAUAUAUUUGUGGUGGUUUUUUUAAGGGGCCGCAAGACUCGCUGUUUCAUUCUAUUCAGUUUCUCACCUUCAGGAGCCAAUUUCUCCAAAAUCCUUUUUUUGUGGGUCCCUUCAGAUUCCAGCUGUUGAUGUUGCAGGAGGGGAAGCUUGGAUUACAAGACUGUUUGAUUGAACUGGCUUGGUCAUUGUUGUCUUAAUAUUGUUGACAAUACUGUAAAGUUACUUUUUAAUGGGGAUUUCUGUUUUAGCAAUUGCUUUUUAUUUUGGAUCCUUCCUUUUUAAAGAGAAAAAAAAAUGUGACACUUGUGGAAAGCUUGUAAGAAAAAGCAGUUUUCUUUUAAUUCCCUCUCCUUCAAUGACCGAUCUAUAGUUAAUUAAGGUUGUGAAUUUUUUUUUAAUUUUUUGCCUUGUUUUUAAUUAACGUUUGUCAUUCAGAAUAGGAUGUGUGGUGAUGAUUAAAUGGCAAAAACAGAAGAAAUGAUUUUUUUUCUUGUGCAAUUAACAAAGCUACUGGCAAAAGGAAAUAAAACCUUUCUUGGUAACACAA